CGCUUUCCAAAAUAAUCUCAAUAUUUUAUUCAAUAAAAGUCUCUCCCAUUUCCCUUACACCGCACUAUUCGGAUUCCCCAAAUCCGAAUCCCAAUUUCCUCACAAAUUCUUCCCCAAAUCCCCCCACGAACCCUAAUAAUUUCCAAUCAUCAAAUUCAUUAUUCAUGGCGGAAGAAUUCGUGAAAUCAGUAGAAGAUGGAAUCAAACUCUCUAAACGAAUCUAUUUCGGCAAAGACAGAAACGUUACACCGCCGAGAGCGAUAUCAAUUGUAUCGGAAAAACAACAACAAUAUUUGCCGGCAUCUCCGAUGAUGUAUGGUGUAAUUUCUGAUCCAUCCAUUGUUGAUAAUCCUGAUAUACCUAGUUAUCAACCGCAUGUACAUGGUAGAUGUGAUCCGCCGGCUUUGAUUCCGUUGCAGAUGAAUAGUAUUGAAAUGGAGGCGAAUGUGUGGUUGGAUACUGUUUUUGUGAGUAUGGUUGGAUCUUGGCGUGUUCAUUGUGUUAUGGGGAGUCGGAGUUGUGAUUGUCGGAUUGCUAUUCCCAUGGGAAAUCAGGGUUCAAUUCUAGGUGUUGAGAUUGAAGUCAACAGAAGGUCUUUUCAUUCCCAACUAACUUCUGUGGAAGACACUACAGAUUGUGUAAAGUUAGCGAAAGUUGAAGAUGGUGGCUUUUUGAAACCCCAUAUAUUUACCUUGACGAUACCACAGAUCGAUGGAGGGGCAAAUAUAUCUGUCAAAGCAAAUUGGUCUCAGAAGCUGGCGUUCGAUGCUGGUCAGUUCACUGUGAAUAUACCAUUUAGUUUUCCAGAAUAUGUAACUCCUGCAGGGAAAAAAAUCGCCAAGAGAGAAAAAGUAAAAUUGAAUGUGAAUCCUGGUAUUGGAUCAGAAGUUUUAUGCAAGACAUCUAGCCAUCCUCUGAAGGAAAUAAGACGCCAAGCAGGAAAAUUGGCUUUCUCAUAUGAAGCAGAUGUUCUUACAUGGUCAAAUAUGGAAUUUAAAUUCUCUUAUGCGGUUUCUUCAAAAGACAUAUCUGCUGGGUUGCUGUUGCAAUCUCCACCUGUUGAUGAUUUAGAUCAGAGAGAGAUGUUCUGCAUCCAUCUUCACCCCGGCAAUCAUCAGACUAGAAAGGUUUUCAGAAGGAAAGUGGUAUUUGUUAUUGAUACAAGUGCAAGUAUGAAAGGAAAGCCCCUUGAGGCUGUGAAGAGUGCACUCUCUGCAGCCCUCUCUAAGCUCAACCCCGAGGAUUCUUUCAGCAUAAUAGCUUUCAAUGGAGAGACAUAUUUAUUCUCUUCGUCCCUGGUGCCAGCAACAAAGGAAACAAUUGAAAAUGCUACUCAGUGGAUAAGCAUUAACUUUAUAGCAGAAGGUGGUACAAACAUAUUGCUACCCUUAAAUCAGGCAAUAGACAUGCUAUCUGGUGCUGAAUCUUCUGAUUCAGUCCCUCUCAUUUUUCUUCUAACUGAUGGGACUGUGGAAGACGAAAAGCAUAUCUGUGAUGUUAUGAAAAGUCAUAUGAAAAAUAAAGGGUCUAUGUCUCCGCGUAUCUCUACAUUUGGGAUAGGCACAUACUGUAAUCAUUAUUUCUUGCAAAUUUUGGCACAAAUCAGCAGAGGCUAUUAUUAUGCGGCUUAUGAAGUAGAUUCACUCUAUGUCCGGAUGCAAAAAUUACUUACUGAAGCCUCUUCCAUUAUUUACGCGAAUAUCACCAUUGACAGUAUUGAUAAUCUUCAGGAACUUGAGGUUUAUCCGUCCCUAUUUCCAGACCUGCUAUCUGGAAUGCCAUUAACUGUUUCAGGCAGAUACAAAGGGAGGUUUCCUGAUUCUGUUAAAAUUAAAGGCGUUUUAGCAGAUAUGAGCAAUUACGAAGUAGAUUUGAAGCUGCAGCAGGCGAAGGAUAUACCUCUCGACAGAGUAUUCGCUAAAAGGCACAUUGAUGUACUCACUGCUCAAGCUUGGUACACUCAAAGCAAGAAGCUGGAAGAGAAGGUUGCCAGAAUGAGCAUACAAACUGGGAUUCCAUCUGAAUAUACGCGUAUGGUUGUUCUUCAGAACGAUGGAGGGAAGAAAGCCUCAGAUUCAAUUGAUAUACAAGAGGUAAACAAAUUGGACUUGCAGAAGAUGGUCGACUCCGAAGGUCGAAAAAUAAUGCUGCUGCAAUGCUUGGGAAUUGGUUUUGGCAACCUGACAGCCACAACGGAAAGUAUACCUCCUGGAUGGGGAGAACCCGAGUUACCAGAACCUGUCGCAGAUGCAUUUGUGAAAGCAGCUUCAAACUGUUGUAGCAGUCUUGCAGAUUUGUGUUGUUGCAUGAACUGCAUCAGGUGUUGUUCCAGUAUGAAUAACCAAUGUGGCAUUCUUAUCGUACAACUUUGUGGUGGUUUGGCGUGCUUAGGCUGUUUCAGCUGUUGUGGAGAUGAUUGAUGAUGAUGAAAGACCACAAUCAGCGUCACUAUUUGUGGUUGUAUGAUUAUCCAUGUUUCUGAUUGUUGUGUGUAUAUCGAUUUUCAUAUAAUUUAUCAGGGCAGGAUGUAACUAAAGUUUCUGCUUGCCACUUGCUGUUAAUACCUCGGAUAUACGGAAUAGAAAAGGAUACGGUAUGCCUAAAUUGACAACAAAUUACAAUAGAAACUGUAAAGUUCAGACU